AUGGCCGACUUCAUCGCCGACUUGUCUCGAGAGCUCGACCAUUUCUCUCUUACCGCGAACCAUUACUACCAGCAAGUAACAGUGCUUGCCCUUUCCUGGGAAGAGGAUGACCUUGGCGUGAUCCAGGAAAUCCGUCAGCUCAAGACUCUCUUUCGCGACCUGCUCAACUUUGGCUUUUGCGAAUAUGCCAUCCCAAGCGACCGCCCCCAAGCUGCCUUGUCCCUCGCGCUGUCGGAAUUCAUUCUGAAGUUUGGCGGAAAGGGUAACCUCAUCAUCGUGUAUUAUGGCGGCCACGGUGAGCCUGAUUUCAAUGGCGACAAGCAAUCGGUUUGGGCAGCGAAGAGAGUCGCCGGACCGACCCUACGAUGGCAUCUCCUCCAAAGCACCCUCGUAGCCGCCGAAGCCGAUGUGGUCCUCUUGUUGGAUUGCUGUUAUGCUGGACAAGCCGCGAGGGCUCGGUCGCACCACCGCGUGGAGAUGCUGGCAGCGGCCGCGAUGAAUCCCAUGACACCCGGGGUCGGGCAGUUGGGUGCUAUCUCCUUUACGAAGGCGCUUUUGGAUGUCAUCCCACGCCUCAUCCACGAGAAGACACACUUCACCAUAACGGAGCUGCACCGAGAACUCCUGCUGCGGGCAACCGGACUGCUGCAGCAACCUCUGUACGCAGCCCUGUUCGAAAGUUCGUACGGAGGCAUCGUCAUACGCUGCUUGGAUCGAGCAUCUUCAGCUAUGGCUACUGGCUCUCAGCGAUCCGAAGACGGUCUGGUUCUGCGUGUUUCCCUUGCGGGCACGCCAACAUCUCCUCAGAAGGACGAGUUUUUGGAAUGGCUCACAACCGCGCGCCCAUCGGCCGUAUCUUCUCUCUGGAUCGAGCAAACCAUUAAAUGCGCUCGCUCCAGGGAGAUGUGCGGAGAGUAUCUCACCAAGCAGGAUUCAUAUGAUGAGAUUAGCCGGGAGAACAGAACGGACCUACUGGUUGCGCUACAAAUGUUGCAGGAAGCUAUACACCCGGCCAACACCGUCGGACUCGCCGCAGAUGAGGACAUACGCCGCAUUCAAAGUAAGAUCGAGCAGCUAUGCGAACGGUUCAACAUCGCCUUUGAGAGCUGCAUGCAGGAUAUGACACCUGGUACCCUCAAGACAAUGCAGCAGGUGGAUUCCAUCCACGACGCCGGGUACUCCGACCUGGUCUCCAUGCGCCUACUCUGCCUAGAUGAAAGCGUGGUUUCCCCGCGGGCGCUGGCGAGCCGAAUUUCGUUCUCAACGCCAGCCAGGGCCGGUGAAAGGUUUCGCAGAGGAAUGCUGAACGGCUCCUCUGUACUGGUAGAGUAUUGGUACUAUGACAUGGGAAUUGAUACCAGUGCGAGUAGUUCCACAGCCAGCGAGUGGCUUCACCGGGUGCAGCGCGUAGCUAGUCUCCAUCUGCAACUCAAGCCUGCUGAGUUUUGCACUCUUCCAGGACAGGGCUAUCGACGCGAAAGCUUGCCUCAAGACCGAGUCGGGAUGGUCUAUGCGCUCCCCCAGUCACUAGAGGGUCAGAUGUACAUUACGUUACUCGAAGCCUACCGAGCAGCAGAAUAUGUCCCCAUGGAGGUGCGUAAGAACUUGGCCUCCAGAAUCGCCCGGGCGAUAUGCAACUUCCACGUCAUUGGGUGGAUUCACAAGGGGCUUCGAAGCGACAACAUCCUCGUCUUUGGCACCCAGACUCCCGAUCCAAGGAGCUACAAGUGGUCGGAUAUUGAUUUUGUGCAUCCAUUCCUUGUCGGUUUUGAUUAUUCACGACCAGACUUGUCUGAAACCGAACUCGCUCCGGAUUUCAGCCUCGAAAAAAACCUUUACCGUCACCCAGACAGAUGGGGACGGCCCAUCAGGUUCCAGAAGAAGCAUGAUAUCUAUUCUAGCCUCUACCACUUUAAUGACGAAAACUGUCAUCUUGGGUUCAUUCUGACGUCGGGCGCAGGGUGUGAUCCUCCUCGAGAUAGGUCUUUGGCGCCCCGUGUCAAGCUUGGAUCCUUCGAGGCGUAA